AGUCGCAGAGGCCGAAGCCAGCCCAAGGCCAAACCCUAGAGCCUCCGUCUCCGCCCGCGAGGCUGACGCGCUCGCGCUCAGCUUCUCGCUCCCGCCGGCUUGUGCCUGAGAUUCGAGCAGGGGCGCCGGAGGUUCGCCGCGAUGAUCUGGCUUUCGGGGGUGGAGGGAGGGCAUGGAGGGACGAACCCGGAGGCGGGGGCGGACGAGCUGCCGCCGGUGGAUGCCGCGACGGACGGGGAGGCGAUGGCGCAGGGGAGCUUCGGUGAAGCAGAUUUUGAUGCCAUGAUGGUGGAAUCUGGUGGGUUGCAGACGGCGGAGAUUUCUAAUCCUGCCGUACCUCAGCAUGAUGCUGAAGCCGAAUCGAACGAAGAUGAUGAGCGUGCUAGAUACCAUCUCCCUCCCCUUGAUAGAGAUGGGUUUCAAGUUUCUGAUCUUGUCUGGGCCAAAUUGGAAGGUCAUCCCUGGUGGCCUGGUGAAAUUUUUGACCCUUCAGAUGCAUCCGAGCUGGCAUUGAAGCAUCAGAAAGAGGGCCACCAUCUGGUAGCAUUUUAUGGUGACGGUUCUUUUGCGUGGUGUCAUGAAUCCCAGUUCAAGCCUUUCAUGGAAAACCGUGCAGAGAUGGAGAAACAAUGCAAUUCUGAUGCCUUCGCCAUUGCAGUUAAUGGUGCGCUUCAAGAACUCUCAAGGCGGAUAUUGGCGGCCGCGAGUUGCUCUUGUCUCCCAGAAGAGCUCUCUGAGAAUGGCAUGUCUUAUAUCGGUGAGAAUGCUGGGCUCAAGACUGGAUUUACUUGCUCUAAGGUUAACCAGGCUGAGAUAUUGAAAUAUUUCAGUCCAGAACACCUUCUUCAUUAUAUGAAGUUGCUGGCUCUGUCUCCUUGCCAAGGAGGUGUUCUGCAGGAUUUAGUGAUUGCUUGCUCUCAACUUAUGUCUUUCUAUCGGUCUAAGGGGUACGCUGAAAUUGCAUCAUUUCAAUCUGGCAGUGCAUGGGCAGAGAAUAACAUCGACACAACUGUCACCAAUGAAGUGCAGCCUAGUCAUGUGAAACCCAAAAGAGGUAGGGGAAGACCUCGUAAGCGAAAGCCUGAUGAUAACGUAGAGUUGACAGAGGGAAGGCCCAUUGUGAAGCCUCAGAACGGACCGGCAGUUCAUAACAACAUUGGUGAAACAGAGUGUGGUGAAUUUGACAUCUCUAUGAAGAAGCCGGCAAAAAGGAGACGUGUGCAGAGGCGCUAUGAUGUGGACCCCAAGGACUUAUCUGGGAUGGCAGCUUCUACUGAAAUGGGCAUGAUUGAAAAAACUGAAGGGGACGGGAGUGAAGAGUGGAAAAUGUUGCCUUGUCCUAAGGAAGAAAUAACGGACCAUAUGCAGGACGCCUACUGGUCUGGACUGAGUUUACAUACUGUCUCGACUCAGAGCCUUAAAGGGGCAAGUGGCAAAACAAGGCCGAUACGCAGGCGGAGAGCGACGCGACGAACAUGUGCACCUUCAUCAGAUCUUUCUUCCCCUGUACAGAAUAUGCACCCUGAAACGUUGGAUGUUAACAGAAAGAUAGAAGUGAUAAAAAGAUCAAUUAUCCACGUUGACGAGAAGAUGCUCCAUGAUGUAAACCCCACUGCACUUGUUUUCUGCUUUGGCAAAUCAAUUGCUCUUCCUUCAAAAAUGGAUUUUAUUAGGAUGUUCAGUCGCUAUGGACCGCUAAAAGAAACCGAGACUGAAACGCACAAAAACACAAAUACUGUUAAAGUUGUCUUCAGGAAACGUGUCGAUGCUGAAAGGGCUUUCAGUGCUGCUGGCAACUUUGGCUCUUUUGGACCCUCACUUCGAAGUUUUCGCCUUGUGAAUAUGCCAUUUUCUCUAAGAACAACUGAAUUGAGUUAUCCUAUGUUACGCCCUGAAGAUAGUAGCAUGGAGAUUCCUGUUUGUAGGGUGUCUGGAGUUGCACUGGAUUAUGCGCAAAUUGACAUCUUCGACAAAGCUGACAAAGGUGAGGCUGUAAAGAAUCCAUCAGUUGAACACACUGAGAUGGUCAAGCUUGCAGGACAAGGUGAAGGCAAUACCGAGUGUGCUUUACAUGCCGGAGGUAGAAAUGAAGAGUCACCUGAUGUUCUCUCAGGUACCAUGCAAACUGAAAUUGCAGAUGAGGCCCCAAGACACUGUCUUGAUUGUGUAGAUGGUAUUGUCAAGGCCUCAGAGGAUACCAUGGAAGUUGAUAAUACGGAUGAGGCUCGAGAAGAGACCAGCAUACCUCAUGCUUUUACUGGAUAUGUCGCAAAACAGUCUCUGGGGGAUGAGUACACGUUCGAGGGAAUCGAGGGGUCAACAGUUGAAAUGCCUGUUGGGGAGACCAGAAAAUUUAGCUGCUGUUGAACCAUUAGCUGAGGAAACCACGGAAGGUGAGAUUGCAGCCAAACCAGAAGAUUAGGAAACUGCAGAAGCUGACAAGACUCUGGUAACUACAGCAUUGACAGCUCCGCGUUCAUUUGUAUAAAUUCCAUCUAGAUCUAAUCGUCUAGCGUGCACAAUUGAUUACUCCAACAUCAUAUUGGUGCAGUGAUCAGUGGAGCUGGUCUUAGCUGUUGCCGUGUGCAAUAUAAACCAUGAUUUUAACUGAUGUUUCUCUUGUCAUUUGACUGACAUGUACGAGUACUAGUGUUUACCAUCACCAAGAUAUUGAAAAAUUAUCAUGAA